AUGAAGAUCACCACUUGGAACGUCAGGGUUCUUUCAACCCCUGACAAGAAACGCUUGGUUAAACGAGCAUUCCGAAGAGAAGAUAGUGAUAUUAUUUUAUUUCAGGAAACUAAAUUAUGUAUGGAUAAAGCCCUUAGUUUUCUCCAUUCUUGCAAUUCUUGGGAAGGUUUUUUUCAAGAAGCCAGAGGCACUGCCGGGGGACUGGGAAUCCUCUGGAACCCACAGAAGAUAAAGGUGACGGAGUUGGAGAAAUCUGAACAUUGGACAUUUGGAGUGGUUCAUAGUCUGACAAAAAAUGUGGUUUUUCCCUUAGUCAAUGUCUAUGGCCUGACAAAGACUGAAGAGAAAGCGAAGGUGUGGAAGGACAUUCCUGCCAAGAUUGCCUCCACUGUCAAAGAUAGAGUCAUUGUAGCAGGGGACUUUAAUGCAUUGCUUCCUCUAGAAGAGAAGAAAGGGGGUUUACUAAUGUCCAACAAGGUGAUGGAAGAUUUCAAGGAAUUUGUGACCAUGAAUAACCUUUUUGAUGUUAUUCCAAAGAACGAUAAGUACACUUGGACCAAUAGGAGAGCCAAUUUUGUAAGAAUAUCGGAAAGAUUGGAUACAUUUCUUGUAGGGCCCUAUUGGAUGGAUUAUUCUUUCAACUUGGACUCUUGUAUUCUCCCAUUAUCAUUAUCAGACCAUUUCCCGGUCCAAUUAAGAUCCCAAGAAGCCAAUAAGAAUUACAAAGGGAGUUUUAGGUUCCAAAGUAUGUGGUGGAGAGAUAAGGAUUUCUUGCCAAAGGUGGAAGCAUGGUGGAUAGAAAGUGAUAUUUUUUCAAGUACCCCAAGCUUCUGCUUUGUUAAAAGGCUCAAGAUGGUUAAGCAGAGAAUUAGAGAGUGGAACAAGGUUUCAUUCAAGAAUAUUUUUGUAGAGAAGAUUAGAGUGGAAUCUGAGUUAGAUAAUCUGAACAAAAUGAUCAUCUCAGCAGGUCUGUCCAAUGAUGAGUUUGUCAGAGAAAAUCAGCUAAAAAGUGAACUGUCGGAUCUUUUGCUCAGAGGAAAUUUUUUGGAAAUCAAGAAGGCUACAUUUGAUAAUCCCCCAUUCAAAGCUCCUGGGCCCGACGGUGUUACUACGGAAUUCUUCCAAAAAUGUUGGGGAUUCAUGGGAGAAGAUAUUUUCAAGGUGGCGGAAGAAUUCAAGAGAAAGGGUAAGUUUGUCAGAGAAUUGAACAACGCGGUCAUAGUCUUGAUCCCCAAAAAGCAAGAUUGUUCGACCAUGAUGGACUUCCGCCCGAUAUCUUUGUGCAAUUAUUUGUACAAGAUAGUGUCGAAGGCUUUGGUUAACAGAUUGAAACCUCUGCUUAUUAAGAUCAUCUUUAUUGAACAACAUGGGUUCGUUCCAAGUAGGGAAAUCAUGGAUAGCAUUCUGACAGUGGGGGAGACCAUCCAUUCUAUGCAGUCAGCCAAGAGCACAGGUAUGAUUAUUAGAUUAGAUGUCAGCAAGGCAUAUGACAGUGUUAGGUGGUCCUUUCUAUUGGAUGUUCUUCUACGGUUCAACUUUGAUAAAAAUUGGGUGCAAUGCAUUAAGUACUGUGUGUUUACAGUCAAUUUCUCUAUUCUUGUGAAUGGUUCGGCCCCAUCAAUAGGGUGGAAGAAAUUGAAUUUUAACAGAGCAAGUAGGGGAAACCCAGGUCAGAGUGGUGUGGGAGCUAUCAUUAGAAAUGAGGAUGGGGAGGUGGUACAUGCCAUUUUGGGUCCGAUUGGCAUAGCGACCAACAACGUGGCAGAGAUUUCCGCGUUGGAGGCUGGGCUUCAGUGGUGUGUAAAUAGCAGGAUAGACAAACUCAUUAUCGAAGGAGAUUCUCAGAUCAUCCUCAAUGGUGUGUCCAAGUCUGGUUUUCAGAAUUGGCAGUUGGCAGCCUGGAUCUUGAGGAUAAAUUCCCUUUUGAAUCUCCUUGGCGAAUAUCAUAUCCAACACAUGUUUCAAGAGGGAAAAAAAUCUGCUGAUCAACUGGUGAAUAUGAGGAUUGAGGAAGGCUCAGUCAGAGAAUUUGGCAGGGUUGAGUCCACGCCGAUAGUACUUCAGGAGACCAUGUUGAUUGUACUUUAG